GCCACACUCACACGGCACACACUUGUGGGACCCGAUUUGGCGAGUGCGGAUUCUCUGGGGCUUCAGAGGAGUGGAAAGUAUGAUUGCUUUCUAUGUGAUAUUUUUAAAGUUCGUAGUAGUUUUUAAGACACAUUCAGGAAAACUGCAACCACAGGAGACUAUCCAAAUCCCAUGUAGAUGCUGCAUCUAUCUCAAAGUCCAGGUUCUGUGGGUGAUGCUAAACCCUCCCCAACCCCCAGCUGUGGGCGGACAUGCUUGCCCCGGAGGGAAACUGCUUCAGCUGACCUCGCUUGUUAAGCACCCUGGCGCUGCGGCUUUAUCCGGUUCAAGAUGGCAGAGAAGGCUCCCCCUGGCCUAAACAGAAAGACUUCCAGGUCGACACUGUCCCUUCCUCCCGAACCUGUGGACAUCAUCAGGAGCAAAACGUGCUCGCGGAGGGUGAAGAUCAACGUGGGGGGCCUCAACCACGAGGUGCUGUGGAGAACGCUCGACCGGCUGCCCCGGACACGCCUGGGCAAGCUCCGUGACUGCAACACCCACGAGAGCCUCCUGGAGGUGUGCGACGACUACAACCUGGGCGACAACGAGUACUUCUUUGAUCGCCAUCCGGGGGCCUUCACGUCCAUCUUAAAUUUCUACCGGACAGGGAAGCUCCACAUGAUGGAAGAGAUGUGCGCGCUCUCUUUUGGCCAAGAGCUUGAUUACUGGGGGAUCGAUGAGAUCUACCUGGAGUCUUGCUGCCAAGCCAGGUACCAUCAGAAGAAAGAGCAAAUGAACGAAGAACUGAGGCGAGAGGCGGAGACCAUGCGAGAGCGAGAGGGGGAAGAAUUCGAUAACACUUGCUGCCCCGAGAAAAGGAAGAAGUUGUGGGACCUGCUGGAGAAGCCGAACUCCUCCGUGGCUGCAAAGAUCUUGGCCAUCGUGUCUAUCCUAUUCAUCGUCCUUUCCACCAUCGCUUUGUCUCUCAACACACUGCCAGAGCUGCAGGAAACGGAUGAAUUUGGACAACCCAGUGACAACCCAAAGUUGGCCCACGUGGAGGCUGUGUGUAUUGCUUGGUUUACCAUGGAGUACCUUUUACGCUUCCUGUCCUCACCAAAUAAGUGGAAGUUUUUUAAAGGCCCACUAAACGUCAUUGAUUUGCUGGCCAUCUUGCCGUACUACGUCACCAUUUUCCUCACGGAGUCCAACAAGAGCGUGCUGCAGUUCCAAAACGUGAGGCGUGUGGUCCAGAUCUUCCGAAUCAUGCGCAUCCUCCGGAUCCUGAAACUGGCCAGACACUCGACAGGCUUGCAGUCCCUGGGCUUCACCCUGAGGCGGAGCUACAAUGAAUUGGGCUUGUUGAUACUGUUUUUGGCCAUGGGGAUCAUGAUAUUUUCCAGCCUGGUGUUUUUUGCAGAGAAGGAUGAAGAUGCUACCAAGUUCACCAGUAUCCCUGCAUCAUUUUGGUGGGCUACCAUCACCAUGACCACCGUGGGCUACGGGGACAUUUACCCAAAGACAUUAUUAGGGAAAAUUGUGGGCGGUCUGUGCUGUAUUGCUGGGGUUCUGGUGAUUGCCCUUCCUAUACCAAUCAUUGUAAACAAUUUCUCUGAAUUUUACAAGGAGCAGAAACGCCAGGAGAAGGCAAUUAAGAGGAGGGAAGCUCUCGAGCGGGCCAAACGGAAUGGAAGUAUCGUGUCCAUGAACUUGAAGGAUGCCUUUGCUCGCAGUAUGGAACUGAUCGACGUGGCCGUGGAGAAAGCCGGGGAGACAGCCAACACCAAGGACUCGGCUGACGAUAAUCACCUGUCUCCAAGCAGGUGGAAGUGGGCCAGGAAAGCUCUGUCAGAAUCCAGCUCCAACAAAUCCUACGAGAAUAAGUACCAGGAGGUUAGCCAGAAAGACUCCCACGAGCAGCUGAACAACACUUCUUCCUCCAGCCCACAGCAUCUGAGUGCCCAGAAACUAGAGAUGCUGUACAAUGAAAUCACCAAGACACAGCCUCACUCUCACCAGGCCCCGGACUGCCAGGAGCAGCCAGAGAGGCCGUCUGCCUAUGAAGAAGAGAUAGAAAUGGAGGAAGUGGUCUGCCCGCAGGAGCAGCUGGCCGUGGCGCAGACUGAGGUCAUCGUGGACAUGAAAAGCACCUCCAGCAUCGACAGCUUCACCAGCUGCGCCACCGACUUCACGGAGACUGAGAGGUCGCCCCUGCCGCCACCCUCCGCGUCUCACUUACACAUGAAGUUCCCCACCGACUUCCCAGGAACAGAAGAGCACCAAAGAGCCAGGGGCCCCCCAUUUCUAACCCUCACUAGGGAGAAAGGGCCUGCCGCCAGGGAGGGCACCCUGGAAUAUGCUCCCAUCGACAGAACUGUGAACCUUGAUGCUGGCAGCUCCCAGUGUGGGCUCCAUGGGCCUUUGCAGUCUGACAGUGCCACCGACAGCCCUAAGAGCUCGCUAAAAGGCAGCAACCCACUCAAGUCCAGAUCCCUCAAAGUGAACUUUAAGGAAAACAGAGGCAGUGCCCCCCAGACCCCGCCCAGCACAGCCAGGCCACUGCCGGUCACCGCGGCUGACUUUUCGCUCAGCACCCCACAGCACAUCAGCACCAUCCUCCUGGAGGAAAGCCCCGCCCAGGGAGACAGACCCUUGCUGGACGCUGAGCUGCCGGCCCAGUGUCAGGGACUCGCCAAAGGGCUCUCCCCUCGGUUUCCCAAGCAGAAACUCUUUGCUUUCUCUUCCAGGGAGAGGCGGAGCUUCACCGAGAUAGAUACAGGCGAAGACGAAGACUUCUUAGAGCUCCAAGGGGCGAGGGCGGACAAGCAGGCGGACUCCAGCCCCAAUUGCUUUGCAGAGAAGCCUAGCGAUGCGCGACACCCUCUGAGUGAGGAGGGCUGUGGCGGCUCCUCCUCGCCCCCAAACACGGGGCAUAACUGUAGGCAAGACAGUUUCCAUGCUGUGGGCGAAGUGCAAAAGGACAGUAGUCAAGAAGGGUACAAGAUGGAAAACCACUUGUUUGCUCCAGAAAUUCAUUCCAACCCAGGAGACACAGGUUAUUGUCCCACACGGGAGACCAGCAUGUGACUAGUUACAAAAGCAAUAAUAAAACAAACAAACAAACUUGUUUCUUAAAAACGAGGUUAAUAAUGCCUGUGAACUAGAACAUGGAAGCCCCUCCCUCCCCCCAAAAGUGCAUAAAAUGUUAUUUUUGCAUGGCAUGAACAGUUUAGUUCAAGUACUGUUUAAAUAGUCAAGACCACAUUUUGUAACAAACAAAACAAAAAUGACUGAAGAACAGUGAACAAAUAAAGAGAGCUCUAUUAGGAACCAGUUACCUGCAAUGUCUGACAUUUUUGAUCCUUUCAUUUCAAACUGUAGGCAGAUUUUUAAGUUUCAAUUUUUUGUUACAAUGAAUUCUAGAAUUUUCACAUGAAAGGAUGAAAUGUCAUUGCAUGCAUUCAUAAUUAUGAGGAGUAAGGUGCUUUGAGCUUGCAAAAAGCCUCGCUUUGUAAGUAACGGGGCCUGGAUGUAGAAGUGUGGAGAGCACAUGGAAACAAGUUUCUGAGACACAGGUAUUUCCUUCACAGCUGCUGUGGGAGGAGCUAUACAGACUUCCUGUUGCAAAAUUGCAACCUCUUCUUAAACCAUCUCACAUAUCUUACUUUGGGUUACAAAGCUCCUACAGGUACAUUUAUUUAAAGGAAUACAGUAUUUUUAUUUUUUGUGGUAGAAUUCCUCAGGUACAUUUUUCUUUUUUGCUUCUGCUUAGUUGUGGCACUUGUGGUUUUAUUUAUAAA